AUGGAAUUAAUUAAAUUUUGGAAUAUAGGAGUUGAAAAUAAAAAAACUAAUAUUUAUUUUUACGAAGAGAAAAGUAAAUAAAAUUACUAACAAUUAGACAAGGUUUUAUAAAAUUUGGUAAUUUGAAAGAAGUUCUUGAUUGUUGGAAUUUUGGAAAUAAAUAUAAGAGUGAUAAUAUACAAUUCUAUUAAAAUAAAGGUAAGGAUAUUAUUAAAUCAAACGCUUUUAGCUUAAAUCUUAAAUAUAAUUCUUAAAAUUCACAGGAAUAACAUAAUAAAGGAAAGGGGAAGAAGUUAUUGAUUUUUGGAAUGAAACAAGUUCUUAUGCAUUAAUUUAUUAAUUAAAGAAAUUUAGAAAAAUAAGGAAAACAAAAUGAGGUAAUUGAAUUGUUAAAUAAAGGAAAUCACCUAAACAAUGCCAAUUAUGUUUAUUAUUUCUAAUAAAGUAUUCUAUGAUUUGUUCUGGAGAAGUCUCCAAUAUUCCCUUUCGAUAAGAAAGAAAAGGAGAGUCAGCAAGAAAUUUAGUAAAGACUUAAAAGAUUAUAGAUGUCAUUCAAAGUUUAUGUAGCAAUUCUCAAUUAGUAGUGGAGAAUAUAAUCCUAUUUAAAAAUAAUUACAAUAAGUAUUCUAAGAGCUUUUGGAAAAGAAAAUGA